CGGACUGUCUCCUCCUUUCCAGCCGGGGACUUUCGACCGAUGGACCGACAGCCUCGCUUCGUUCACCACGCUCACAUGAACCCCUACAGUCCUUGUGAGAGAAGGGGGUUCAGGAAAGACCUUCAGCUGACGGCAAAAACCAUCCAACGGACCAACGACACUCUGACAAUGAUGAAACAGGAGCUUUUCAUGUCGGAUGAUUGGUCUCUACCCACUUAUUUCGAGGAGGACAGGGGUCUGGUUGCACUGUUCCGUAACCUCAGCAGUUUCGAGCAGACCAUCCCAAGCGUCAUCCUGGAAGCACAAGAUCUGGACGACUACAGCGACACCUUGGGGCAGUCGAUGUAUCACACCGGUAGCGAGCUGAACAAGUUGCUGUUCAAACUAAGCAUUACGUUGAGGGCGGCUGGGGAGUUGGGCGAUCAGGACUGGACGGGCGAGCCCAUUCCCCUCCAGGACGUGGGGGGUAGCCGUUACUGGCACCAUGUUCGAGACUUCGCCUUCUUCCAACAUCUGCUUGGAAUUCUGCAACUGCUAAAAGCGCAACUCGAGGCUAGGUUGGCGGAGUGUUAGGGAGUACAGGUCGUUCACACUUCCGAGUACGCAUGUGCAGCGACUGGAAUUGUGGGUAAUGUGUCAAAGGUUAAGGCCCCUCAUUUGUAAACUUGUACCAUUGUCUGAAUUUGCAUAACAAUAUCCAGACGUGUUUUGUCUCAGGGGCAUUCACCUUUGACACAUUACCCACAAUUCCUGUCGCUGCGCAUGCGUUCGGAAGUGUAAAAGAGUUUAUACUGAACAUAUUGAACAUGUUGUAUACGAUUGUAUGUCAGCAUCUGAUUUUUACAUUUAUGAAAUAAGUGAGUGACACUGAAAUUUUUCAUUAGAAAUCUGUUCCAACGAAUGCCAAAGGCACUUAUUAAAAAACGUUUGCCAAUUAAUAUUUUAUGCUAGCGUAGCAUAGACACUGUUUUGUGUAGGUAGUAACUGCCAAUGUGACAUAGUAUGGUUAUGACUGUACAGGCGACAUUCUCUAGGAACCCCAAAACUGAUACGAGCUCGCGAUUGAAAAACGCUUGGCCACAAAAAAAGUUCUCAGUGUGAAAUCUAACUGGUCAGGAAGGUUGAACAAAUGAUUAAAAUAUACCAAGUACGGUAUACCGAAUAGAUUUUUGCUCUUUAACAUAUUUUAUUGACUUGUGAAUUUACUUUCCAUUGUAUCAGUAUCCGUUUUCGGAUAUUUUUGUAGUCCAUAGAUUUAUUGAUUUAUUCGUAAAUCCAUACAUUGUACCAUGUACUACUGUCAAGCGAUGAAAUUUAGUAAUUUAUCAUAGUUUAUUGCACGUAACUUUGUGACAUGAAUAAAAGGUUGA